GCUGCCCUCCCUUUGAAACAAACCCACACUUGUUUCGCUCUGCAAAUCCCACCAUUACUCUCUCCUUUUCCCCAAAUCACAGAUUCAAUAUGUUUAUCGAGAGCUUCAAAGUCGACAGCCCCAACGUGAAUUACACAGAUACUGAGAUUCACUCUGUCUACAGCUACGACACCACCGAGCUCGUUCACGAGAACAAAAAUGGCUCUUACCAGUGGACCGUCAAGCCUAAAACUGUUCAAUACGAGUUCAAAACCGACGCUCGUGUCCCCAAAUUAGGGGUUAUGCUUGUUGGGUGGGGAGGGAACAACGGCUCAACUCUGACUGCUGGCGUCAUCGCUAAUCGCGAGGGGAUUUCGUGGGCGACGAAGGAUAAGGUGCAGCAGGCGAACUAUUUCGGGUCACUAACCCAGGCUUCGUCUAUCCGGGUUGGGUCAUUCAAUGGGGAAGAGAUUUAUGCUCCCUUCAAAAGCUUGCUCCCAAUGGUGAACCCGGACGACAUCGUUUUUGGGGGAUGGGACAUAAGCGACAUGAAUUUGGGGGAUGCAAUGGGGAGGGCUAAAGUGCUAGACAUUGAUCUUCAGAGGCAGCUCAGGCCCUACAUGGAGCACAUGGUCCCGCUCCCGGGGAUCUACGACGCGGAUUUCAUCGCGGCCAAUCAGGGGGCGCGUGCCAACAACUUGAUCAAGGGGACCAAGAAGGAGCAAGUCCAGCAAGUCAUCAAAGACAUCAGGGAGUUUAAGGAGAAGAACAAGGUUGAUAGGGUGGUGGUGCUGUGGACCGCCAACACCGAGAGGUACAGCAACGUGGUUGUUGGCCUCAACGACACGACUGAGAAUUUGAUGGCUUCGUUGGAGAGGAAUGAAUCCGAGAUCUCCCCGUCCACCCUGUUUGGAAUAGCUUGUGUUCUUGAGAAUGUGCCUUUUAUCAACGGGAGCCCGCAAAACACAUUCGUCCCGGGGCUGAUUGAGCUGGCUAUUAGUAGGAACUCUUUGAUUGGCGGAGACGAUUUCAAGAGUGGACAGACUAAGAUGAAAUCUGCUCUAGUUGAUUUCCUAGUUGGGGCUGGUAUUAAGCCAACCUCGAUCGUGAGCUACAAUCACUUGGGAAACAACGACGGGAUGAACCUCUCCGCCCCUCAAACCUUCCGCUCCAAGGAGAUCUCAAAGAGCAACGUCGUGGACGACAUGGUUGCUAGCAAUGGCAUCCUCUAUGAGCCUGGCGAGCAUCCUGACCAUGUUGUUGUUAUUAAGUAUGUGCCGUAUGUGGGAGAUAGUAAGAGGGCGAUGGACGAAUACACGUCGGAGAUCUUCUUGGGAGGCAAAAGCACCAUAGUGAUGCACAACACUUGUGAGGACUCUCUGCUUGCAGCUCCCAUCAUUCUAGACUUGGUCCUUCUCGCUGAGCUGAGCACUCGAAUUCAGCUUAAAGCCGAAGACGAGACAAAAUUCCACUCUUUCCACCCUGUGGCCACCAUCCUGAGCUAUCUGACCAAGGCCCCUCUUGUGCCUCCGGGGACACCGGUGGUGAACGCCUUGUCGAAGCAGCGGGCGAUGCUGGAGAACAUAUUUAGGGCUUGCGUUGGAUUGGCUCCCGAAAACAACAUGAUUUUGGAAUACAAGUGAACAUUGGUAACAUUCAGCAAAUUUAUCAGCCUUUUCCUAUCUAUUAUUACUCUUGUUUUAAGACUGUCUUUUCCCUUUAUUUUUCCUUCCUAUUAGUCUAUUUUUUUUCUAGCUAUUGCAAGUGUAUUUUAUUUGCUGUAGCUCUUUCUGAGCCUAUCCAUCUCGUCUGUAUGUAACUAUUGUUCUUAUUUCCAAGUUAAUCUGUUCAAUUAAGAGAAAAGUGUUGUGUUAAA